AUGACCGAGAUUCGGAAGCACUACGAGUCUGUGGCCAUCAAGAACCGCAAGAGCUGGAAGCCUGGUACCAGGCUGGCCACAGUGGAGAUUGAAGUCGUGGCAAACAAUGAGCAGCUGAAAUCCUCCCUGGAGGGCACCCUGGCAGACACCCAGAAGCGCUACUCUGCUCAGCUGGCAGGGCUCCAGAGCAUGGUGACUAGCCUGGAGCUCCAGCUCUCCCAGCUCCACGCCAACAUCGCCCACAACAAGCAGGAGUACGACAUGUUGCUGAACCUCAAGACCCGGCUGGAGCUGGAGAUUGCAGAGUACAGGAAGCUGCUGGACGGAGAGGACGACAGCUCCACCCCAGGUAAGCCAUUGUAUACAGCGAGCAAUAGGCCUUUGUAGACUUCUUGCCAAACGCAUCAUCAUGAGACUGAUGAGACUUGGUCUUGCUUGAUUUUAAGCUGAAAGCAAAAUACUGUAUCUUCAAAACUUGAAAGUUGACAAUUAUUUUGGACUGUAUCAAAAGUGGACUAAUGAAGAAGAUAUGAAGAAACAAAAAUUAUUAUAAAAGUAUGCUUUAAAAGUGCUCAGUAUGAGUGUUGCAAUGAGAUUUACUCCAUGUCCAUUUAUGACUCCACAGUAGUUACCAAGACGAUCACCGUGACCCAGACCAUUGUGGAUGGAAAGGUGAUGGUUCUGGUAACAGAACCAUCAAUAAAGAUUAUGUGGUUGAAUGAGAAUGGACUGUGUGGUUUCACUUGUUUCAGAGAUAUUCAUGCUUUAUCAUAGACUGACUAUAUGAAUCUGUGAGUAUGGAUGUCAUAGCAGAUACAUUUUGUGCUCUCAUUUCAUAUGACUUGAUUUCAAUUUUACAUCUUUCCACCAAAACAUGGUGUCCAGCAUUAGAGUUGACUCCACAAACACUCUCCAUACAGUAUAUAACUCUGAAUCUAAUGCUUGAAAAACUGAGUUUGAUUAAUAGAGAUAGAAUGAUGUCAUUUUGCCGACAGCCAGUGUGACGGCCCUCCCACUCUGCCGAAUUCUUUCUUUUUGCUCUUGUUUUCCUUGGUGGGAUGUUCGGGGGGCGGAGCCGGGAGGGUCGUCAGUGAGGUGGGACGCACCUGGGCUCGGGUGUGUCCCGGGGAUAAGUACACCUUUUCCCAAUUCAUUGAGGAGACUCUCUCCACGCAGACACACUGUUAUUUUUGGUUGUGGCAUUUUGUGGUUUGUUUGUUUUGGCACCUUUCAACACCCCUCAUUUUCACCAUCUAUGCAUGCAACCACUCACUUACACUACUGAAUACUGACUACACACACCAUUUUUACUUGUAUAUAGUUUUAGUUAAUAAAUGUUUAGUUAAUAAAUAUAUUUUUGUUAUUCCUUAUCUCCACGUUGUCUCCCUCUUCGUAACUGGCUACGAGCAGCUUCGUGACACUAGCAAUCAGACUUCUUCUAUUCACAUUUCUAUAUUGCCAUGUAUUAAACUCAACUCAGCAGAAGUGAAUGUAAAAAAUUAUACUAUUCAAGAUCAUACUGACACAUAUACUUUCUCAAGAGAAUAGAAUUGGCCUCAUGUGCACAAGAUGACAACUUAUAUGAUUGUCAGAUGUAUAGGAGCAUGCCAGAUCAGAUACAUCAAGUUGAAAGACACAGAAAACAGAAUGAUGGUGUCAGCAAGUCAGAGCAUCUUUAUUGUAUUCACAAUGGGGUCUGUUGUUGGUGUCCCAUCCAGAUGUAGUAGAAUAUGUUGUUCUGGAGGUGUUAACCAUAGAAAUAGAAUUACCAGAAAAUAAAUCCCCAUUCUAGUCAAUGUUCCAUGAUGGGUAUCUGAGGGGCUUUAGCCAUUCUAGAAAGAAUAGGAGGAUGGUAUGCAUAUCUUUAACUACAGUUAACCGGAGCUGGCCUAAA